AAUAAUUCAUGAAACUUGUCAAACCAAUCGUAAUCGCGUCACUUCUGUUUGUUAUUGUUUUCUUAUUAUGUUGAAUCAAAAAUUACUGUAAUUGAACCAAAAAAUGACUGCAAAAUGAGUUGUUACGGCACAAUGGAAGUGUCUUUAUUUCAUUAAUACUUUUAAAACUGUUUUUGCUCUAAACAAAGUGACGAUGUUUUUAGAUUUAUAAAUGAAUAACAAACAACAAGAUUUAUGAGAUGUUACCUAUUUUAAUGUUUAAUAACAUGGAGGGGUGUUCUAAUUCGUUGAAUAACAGUCCUAGCGGUAGUUUUUCAAAUUUUUACGAUGAUAGAAUAUUAAAUUCGGUGCGGAAUCGCAAGAAAGUGAGUGAAAUGCCCAAUUGUCCCGUGUGUUCGUGUACUAUUCGAUAUGGGGAACUCGAUUCGCACUUAGCGUUAGAAGUGGAGAAGCUUCAGAAGUUGUCUAGUGGCAGUUCUAAAAGGAAACAUAGCACUUCUUCUCCGAAUACGAGCCUCGCCGUUGCCGGUUCUAGCACUAGUACUGAUUUAGAUGAACAAGAAGUCGAUGUCUCUGGCGGUACGGGAAGCGAUGUUUAUCAGCGGGUCCACUCAAACAGACUCCGAAGGUUGCGUGCCAGACGGCGUGGGACUCCGCCGCCGGCGCAGGGCGAGUGCCCCGUUUGUAACACCACGUUACCUACUUCGCGGCUGCAGCGGCACGCGCUCCGCUGUCUCAAGCGCACCGGGGCUGUAGUAGAUGAAGAUGUGCCUGAUACCAGCUCCGAGGACGAGAGCAUCGACGUAGAGAACGACGAGCCGUCUGGUGGAAGUUUUGGUGCGGAAUACCAAUGGUGUGGAGAAUGGAGGAUACGAGCUGCGGCGCUGCAGCCCCGGCCUGCUGCCUCAUCUCAACAAAGAGCAGGCUCCACUGAUCGGGCGCUGGUGGUAGAUGGUGAUGAGGACACGGAGCUGUAUGGUCCACCGCAGUACUCGCCGUCCAGGAUAGAUCCUAAUGUAGAAAUAGAACCUAUAGAAGAUAAUCAUACAGAUGCACCUACAACAAACUCCACAGAUGCGACUGAAAGACAAGAAAAUAAUGAACCUGUACACCACAAACCCAACGGAUUAGUGGAAGCAAGUGCAGAAACCAGAAUACAAGCUUUAAAAUCUAGAAUACAAGAAUUAGAGACAAAACAAAAUGGUGCCUCUGAGGCCAAAUGUUUAAUAUGUCUUGGAGGUUAUACCUCGCCGGCGGUGUCGAUACAGUGCUGGCAUGUUUACUGCGAGGUUUGCUGGCUACAGUCGCUGCGAGCGAAGAAAAUCUGCCCACAAUGCAACGCUAUAACUACAACAGAUCAUCUACGACGAAUAUAUAUGUAAUUUUUUUAUAUAUACAUAUAUAUAUAUAUAUAUAUUGGGGAUGUUAGGGAACUUCGUAACCGUAACGGAAUCCGAAAUAAAAGUUCCGGAUAAUAUCGGAUAGAGGCGGAGCCUAAUAGAGACACGUUAUGUCGUAAU